GUCUCAGAAUAUCAUACAACAUCUACACAUCAGGACAAUGAACGUGUCCAACAACUGCAGUGUCUCAAAUCUAGAACUGUAUCACCAGGUUCGUCUCAUUGAAUUUGCUCUGUAUAACGUUAUUUUCUUUUUUGGAGCACUAUUUAAUUCCUUUGCCCUCUGGGUGUUCUUCUUCAAGAUAAAGAAGUGGACAGAAACCAGGGUGUAUGUAAUCAAUUUAGUCUUUGCAGACUGCUUCGUCAUCUGCACCUUGCCUUUCAUGGCUUAUUUGCUCUGGAAUAAGGCAACUCGAGAUGAACUCUGCCAGUUUAUAGAGACAAUGUAUUUUAUCAACAUGGUAGUGAGCAUCUACAUAAUUUCAUUUAUCUCCAUCGAUCGAUAUAUUGCCAUAAAGCACCCCUUGAAAGCCAGCACCUUCAGAUCUCCAUCAAAGGCUGCUCUUCUCUGUGGGCUUCUGUGGGUCUCCGUGAUAACUGGUGCCACCUUACAGCUCUGGCAGAGACACGCCACUUUCUGCUUUCAGAAGGAUACCACCACACCUGCUGCUCUGAGCCUGCUUUCCAUUUUCUUCGUUUUUACUCUUCCAUUAGCAGUCUUGACUUUUUGCUCCACAGAAGUAAUCAGGAACCUUAAGAGAUGUCUGAACACAAAUUCACCAGAGGAGAAAUUAAUUCAGAAAGCUAUUCACAUUAUUUAUGCGAACCUGAUUGUAUUUCUGAUAUGUUUUCUGCCAGCCUACCUUGGGAUACUUGCCAGGUUCAUAAUGGAGAGAGUUGGAGCUACCUGUUUUCUGCUUCAGAUUAUGAAGAACUUCUCCAUGACGAGGUGUAUUGCCACAUCCAACUGCUGCCUGGAUAGCAUCUGCUACUACUUUGUGACCAAGGAGUUCCAUGAAGCUCUUCUACUGCUCAAACCCACCACUGAAAAAACAGAUCAAAUCCACCCCUUGCAGUCACAGACUUGCUAA